UUUUACUUCGAAAAUCCACACAUUCCCAAAACUCUGUUCAGGAAACGAUACAGAAAUAAACGAGAUUACCUGCUACCUCAGUAGUAAGGCCUCUUCAACAGAGCCACGACAGCCGCCCAAUUUCAGUCUUUCCCUGGUUGACAUUUCCACCUAGCACGGCGCGUCCCUACAUGCCGAGAGCCAUCUGCGGAGGCAAGCCUCGCCUGGCUUGCCCGGACGUUAAUACUGUAGGUAACAUCAACAACAACAACAAUAACAACGACGACAACAACGACAUUUCCACCAACCUGGUAACAAACUUCAACAUUUAACCACCAUCAUCGAGACACCAAGCGUCAUGUUCCUUCAAACACUUUGACUUCAUCACGCGCCUCAUCAUCACCGCACCCAAGAAGAGUCCAAGUCCCCGAAUACAACCACAAGGGCACCAUGAUCCCCUACAUGUACUUGAAAAGAGAUUACAUCAACCCGCACCCCGACCCCAAGCCCCCACCCCCUCCCCCAUCCCAGCACCAUCCUUCCCCUCAAACGAAGACAACAGCCGCACGGGCGUGCCUCAUCCUCUUACCGACAUCUUCCUCAUCGUCCCGGUCUUCUACAUCCUCAUCGCCGUCGUCUUCGGCCUCAACAACCUGCAACCGCCGCGACCUGGCGCGCGGCAUGAUCAACGUGCACCCCCGCUGGCGGCAUCCGGCUAUCUUGUUCAUGCUCGGCUGGGUGUGGCCCCUGCAUUGCUGCUAUAUCGUGCGGGAUGUCGUGCGCGAGUGGGUGUGCACGGAGAGGAGGAGGAUGGCGGGGAGGGACCGCAGGCUGGGGGAAGAGGGCGGAAGGAAUGGGACAAUUCCGCGUACGCCGGGGGAGGGCGGACGUGCUGCUGUGGAAGAUGGUGAUGGAGGAAGCGGAAGGGGAGGGCUCUGGAGUAGGUUGCAGUUCUGGAGGAUUGCGAGAGUAAGGGGUAGGGACUCGAAUGAGGAGCCUAACCGUAGCUUGGCCGGGGAUGGAGCGGCCAGGGGUGCAGGGGAUGGUGCCACCGGUACCAGGAAUGUUAAAUACUUGACGGUUGUGACCGCCGGCCCGAGCAGUGGUGCAGUUGGGAGCUAAAGUUGGGAAGGUAUUUGCUGUCGGUCGAUGGCCUGGUAAAG